CGAGUCAUGUGAUCUAACACGUCGCACGCGGAACUACAGACUGAUAAACAGUUUCAUCCUGUGGUAAUAGUUUGCGCUUAUUGUUUUAUAUGUAGGCUACUGUAUGACUAACUCAUCGACUGACUGACGGUUGAUGAUAUGUCGUUAAUCUGAGUUGUGUCUUUCAAACACUACUGGACGUGCUAAAAUUAUUUAGGCUUUACAUUUAAUGAGAGCGCAUGACUGAACAUUAAAAAUUACACUCGUGUAAGAUUAUAAAAGCAAUGUCAAUAUGAUACACACUGUAUUAUUUUUUCUCCUAACGCUUUCUGUCUGUGCGCAUACGGCGUUUAAUGAUACAGAGGUGACUAUCAAAGCGCCAGCAAUAGUGAAUCUACAGGAAAAAUCCUCUGGGAACAUCAACAUAACACUAAGUUCAUCGUUAAACACAGCUGUAACCGUUUAUUUCAACAUCACAUAUUCAUCAAGAAAUGUCUCUUCAAUAAUUCAACUGCCUGAUGAGGUUGUUGUGCCAGCAGGAAACACGUCUGUAUCUUUUGAAGUGCAGACGAUAGGGGUUGGUCAGUUGACCGCUUACCUUUCCAGCAAUGACACUCGCAUAAAAAGCUUUGAAACGCGAAUCAGAUUCUUGAUUGUCAGAAGCAACGUCCUUUUUAUCAUCAACCAAAUCAUUGGCUGGAUCUACUUCCUGGCCUGGUCCGUGUCAUUCUACCCACAGGCGUUCGAGAACUGGAAACGACGAAGUGUGGUAGGCCUCAAUUUUGAUUUCCUCGCUCUCAACUUGACUGGAUUCGUUGCUUACAGUGUGUUCAACGUUGGCCUAUUCUGGGUGACUUAUAUACAGGAGGAGUUCUUGAAGAAAGAUCCGAAUGGAGUCAUUCCUGUCGAUGCCAAUGACGUUUUCUUCAGUCUCCAUGCAGUGGUUCUCACUCUCGUCUAUAUUUGCCAGUGUGCCAUCUAUGAGAGAGGUGGGCAAAAGGUUUCCAAAGUGGCCAUUGGGUUAUUAGUGAUUGGCUGGAGCUUUGCGUUCGUCUCCCUGUUUGUUGCUGUGGCACAGAAGAUCUCCUGGCUGGAUUAUCUGUACUAUUUCUCUUACAUUAAACUGGGUGUCACACUUGUAAAGUACAUCCCUCAGGCUUACAUGAACUACCGCAGGCAGAGCACAAAGGGGUGGAGUAUCGGGAAUGUGCUGUUGGACUUCACAGGGGGCAGUUUCAGUUUGAUUCAGAUGUUCCUUCAGGCCUAUAACAACGAUAAAUGGAAGUUUAUAUUUGGAGACCCCACAAAAUUUGGACUGGGCGUGUUCUCCAUAUUCUUUGACGUCGUUUUCAUAAUACAGCAUUAUUGUCUGUAUAGAAACAGAGAGCCACUGUAUCAUGAUUUAGAUGCUCAGAAUGAUCACCAAACUGAUGUCAAAACAUGAUUGGGAACAUGGCGAUAACAUGAAGAUGAUUUUAUAUGGAUUUUUAUGUCUUUUUGUACUAAUCUAAAGCGUGAACCAUCAAUUAAAGGGAAUGUGUAUCUUCAAAAUAUGCAGUUAAAUUUAUAUAUCUAGAAAGCAAAAGAGCACUUGUUUCAUGUGUUUUAGUAUAUGUAUUUAUAAAUCAUUUUUCUUAUUCAAAUAAAUUGA